AUGAGGACACGACAGAGGGAAAAGAAUCCUACAUGUGCCUGCAUAUCAGAUGAUAUCUGGGCGCAUGGCGAUCUCGUGGCAUCGCAUCGUGGCAUGACAAGUUCCCCAAAAUCUGAGCCACGAUCCCCAGAUCAAACCAUCAAACCAUCAAAGCGUUGCGAACAAUCAAAACUCGGCGUCAAAUUUCACGUUACGGUCUUUGGGGGCGGACGACGAAACGUCCUUACAUUCUCCGUAUAA